UUUGUUCUAUCAGACCACCUGUUACCACAACAAUUCAGAAGAAACUCUGCUGGCGAACACGACUGGCAAGCAUUUUAAUAGGCAUAUAUAUAAUUUGUAGGAUCUGAAUUCAGAAUGGAAGAUCGCUUCAGCCAUAGGUAUGGUGCUUACUGCAAUGACCCUGAAACUCAUUUCGGCAGAGCCAAUAGCUUGUCCAGGCCAAGUGGCAAAGCCAUUUACCGUCAGAGGAAAGAGUACAGCAGAGCUAUAAUAACGGCUGAGCAUGAUGUCCGGCAUCGGGUGGAGCAUCUUUUGACUUGUACUAUUGAUGGCAAAGAAAUCAACAAUGUAGAGAAUUGUAUUGAGCGACUCAAGAUGAUGGAUGCCCAAAGCCAAGUGUGGGGCCAAGACAUGCUUUUGCAGAUCAAGGAGAACAAAUUGUUGCUGACGGACAUAGAAGCUGAGGAAGAGCUGGACUGCUAUUCCUUGGAAGAUAUCCAAGAAUGUGUCUCCAUCCUUAACUGUUGUAUUUACAACUCCAUCUUGGGCAUUUCUGUGAAAGAUCUGAACCGGCAGAAAACUAAUAUCUUGCUCUUUCAAUCCGAGCAGAUUGGGGCUGACUUGUUGAAAGUGAAAAUUCAGAAAGCUAUUGAGGAAUGGAAAACUGAACGUCAGACAAAUGAUAUGCUCAGGUUGAACUUGGAGAACAUGUUGAAUCAGCAGGGCAGAGCAUCUCAGAAAGGCAACACCAAACAAAUUCCUCAGGAUUCUCCUUGGGACAUGGAACCACGCUACACAGAAUUCAGUGAAGGUGAACAGCAAUUUGACUGGCAGCAGAAGUAUGAAACACAUCAAGAACUCUCCCCGAUGCAUGAGAAAUAUAUAGAAAUUGAGAUCCUGAACCAUGUUCUAGAUGAUAUAGAAUCCUUUGCAAGAAAAGUACAAAAGAACACCCCCAUGAGUGACAAGAAGAAAAAGAAAAAGAAAAAAGAAAGUGAUAGGAAUCAAGCAGUGCCCUCAGAAUCUGAGUUUGGAGAAUGCUUCCAGAAGGUCAAGUACAGUUUCAAUUUGCUGGGGAAGCUUGACCAAACCAUUAAACAGCCAAGUGCUCCUGAAUUGACCAACCUCAUCUUCUCCACUCUAACAAGUAUUUUGUCCAGAUGUCCCAGGAUGAAUCUGGCCUCUACAAUAGUUUUACCAUUGCUGACCCCUGAAGCUAUUAAUUUGCUCAGGCGCUCCUUGAAUUAUGAUGAGCAGAUUAUUUGGAAGAAUUUGGGAACUGCUUGGAAUCAAACUAGGGAAGAAUUUCCAAAGGGACAAUCCUUCCCUCCCUAUAUACCCACAUUUUCAGAUGGAUGGAUGCCUCCCAGGUCUACUUGGAGACCUAAUGAUAUGGCUCAGGCAAAUGGAACCCAGAAUUAUUCUUCAGAUGGUGCCUCCAAUCCUCCCCAACUCAUGCAAGCCGUAUGUGAUUUCCAUGCACGGAAUUCCCAAGAGCUCACUGUAAGAAAAGGGGACCUACUAGAGAUUUUGGACCAAAGAAAAAGAUGGUGGCUUGCCAGAAAUGCCAUAGGAGAGAAAGGCUAUAUUCCUAAUAAUAUUCUGGAAUCUAAGGAUCAGAUAGCAUCUCAAGAAUAUAAUCCAGAGCAAGUUUCAACGGGUUUCACUGAUCUCCAGCCAAGUUCCUCACCAGCAGAAGUCACAGUUUGGCUCAGGACAAAAGGUUUUUCCAAGAUCACAGUUAAAACCCUCAGCGUCUUAAAUGGUAGAAGUCUACUGUCAUUGAGCCAAGAAGAACUGAAAAUGGUCUGCCCAGAAGAGGGAAGAAAAGUCUUUUCAAUGCUUGCAGGAGUUAAAUCCCCACCGCAGUAAUGGUCCUCAGCAUUAGCUUUUGCAGAUCUCCUAACCCAUUCCAUCAUUUAUUUUGAAGAGAUCCUCACUGGAUUAAUGGCACAACUCAUUGAAAAUGUUAUUAGAUGCAUGGUAACCUUCAGUCCACUGAUUUUCCAAUUAGUUUGUAAUUGCCGUGUUUAAGAAUAGCCUUUAAGAGGGCUUUAAGAUGCUUCUGUAAAUGCUGUAACAGGUAACAUGCUUACCAUUUUUGAAUGAUCUCAGGAACAUCUGUAAAGGGCUGUAAUGUAAUGUGUGAAAAAAGACUAUAUCAAGAAAAUAGCUACGAAGGAUGGAAUCUUAAAUGGAUCUUUUAGAUCUUAGAACUUUAACAAUAACUUUGGGGAAGCCAGGAUGUUCUGAAUAAUGAAUCUGAUUUGGAAGUACUCUACCUUCUCCAAGUGAGGAUAAUUGGAAUAGGGGACAAAAGAUUAAAAGUGUAAAAGACUAUAUUAUAUUAAUAGGUAUUCCAUCCCCAAAUUUGUAGUUAAGACACACAUUAAUAGAUUCGGAAAACAAUAAUUGAUCUUUCCCCAAGGAUUGGCAGAUUAUCCACGUAAUGAAAAGGCUCCAACAAGCCAGACAAUUAUUUUCAUCCUCACCCCAACCAUAUUAGAGCUACUUACAGAUAACCAGAUUCUUUUUGGAUAAUGUCUUAAAGAGUGUAUUUACUUAGUUUCCAACUUUCAUCGUUAGUUACAAAUAUAGUUUACGACAAUAGAAGACUCAGAUUGCUCAUUCCUUCUGAUGCUCUUUCACACCUCUGAAUUAGAAAUGAAGAAAAUGAUUCUAUGUAUUUACUGGUUCAGCUAUACCAUUUUAUGAGUAUGUUGUGAAUAUAUUAUGAGUAUAUUAGGUUUACUUUGUAAUUUGUCCAUUUGUCAGUUCAGAAAUAUUUUCACUGAUUCAUGCUAUAAAAUGAUGGAGAGAAGUUGGACAGAAAAAUGAAGUGAUUGCUAAAAAAAAUAAUCAAUGAACCUCUCUUCUAUGCAAGUAACUAUGUUUCAAUUAAUUCCAAACUGUGCACAUGUAUUCAUGUGAGAUUACUCCCAGGAUUCGAUAGCUUGUAAAUUUUGGGUUUGCAAAAAAUAUUGGACAGCUGACUCAUGAUUCAAUUUCCAUUAACAUACUUGAAGCAAAAUCAGAAUGCAUAGUUUUCUGAUGUUGCUAAUGUUAAUCUAACUUAUUGUUAUUUUGUUUAAUCGAGCUUAUUUAACUAUUUCUUAUAUGCAAUGGAAAAUAAAAUUAGUAGGC